UUAUUAGACCAGCCAUUGCCACACAGCUUCUCUUGAUGGAAAAUGGUAGUUAACUGAAUACAGAAGAAAUGAAACUGACUGACCUUGCAGCCUUGAUCCUACAACUCAUCAUUCUAAUACUUUAUCAGUGUUUCAUUUUAGAAUUAGUAAGAUAACUAGUGAGGAUAAAUAUAGUUCAUAAGAGUUCAUCAAAGUUUUAGUAUCUAUCUCAUUAAAAAUCUGAACAAUACAAACAGAUAAAGGAGAUCAAUGAAUCUAAUAUAUGAAUUCCUAAUGUAGAAUAAAUGUAAUACAUCUUUAUAUUUGGGCAUAACUAAGUAGUCUGUAACAUUACAUUUCAAUUUUCGUGGUUUCCUUGAAAGAUAAAAAAAGAGAAUAGAAGCCAUUUUUUAAAUUAUAUUCUAAAUAUAAAAGGCAUAGAAAACCUAUAAACUCAAAGUUCUGUUCAGAAAUAUUUUUAUUAAAUUAAAACUUAAUGGAUUUCAAAUAUGUUCCAAGUAGUUAAGAAAAACACCGCAAGAGUGCAAUCAACUCAUUCUGUUUACAAAUAGAAGGUUUCAGUGAUGUCUAUAUAACCUUUCCUCUGACACACGUGAGAGUUGUCAUUUUUUCAUUUUUUAUAUUAAGUUUUACUUUGCCAUGAAGACCUCUUCUGAGAAACCUGACUUCGAUUCAUUACUGGGAGGAGAUGUCAAAAUUCCACAAAGUGUUUCUAUCAAGCCAUUUAUUAGAGCAAGAAUGGAUGAAAUAGAAGCAUUAACCCAGUUAAUUGAAACUCCUAGUAACAAUAUACUUUUGAAGCAAAAAUUUCCUAAACAUAUGAGAAGGAGGGCAAUGAGUCAAAAUGUUAAACGGAUUCCCAAAAGAUUGAGAGAACAUCACAUAGAUAUGAGGGAAAAGUCUGGAAUACGAGAAGUACCCAUUAAAAGACCAAGAAGAAAAUACCGUAGAAGACCUCAAAACCUCUUAAGUGACUAUAACAGACGUCAGAAAGAAUUUAUUUGGCUUGAAACCCACAUAUGGCAUGCAAAAAGAUUCCAUAUGGUUGAGAAGUGGGGUUAUAAAUUGGCUGAUUUUCCCAAUGACAAAAGUUAUAGAGCUUGCUAUCGGGCUACCACAAAACAUUGCCUAAUUCAGGAUAUUUCUUUUUACUGCUGUAUAGAACUUAGUGGCUUAUUGAAUGAUAUUCUUGAAGGUAUGGAAAAACAUACUAGCAGUGAAUGUGGACUUACUUUUUGUUCAAAAUACAUUCAGUCCGGGAAAACUGAGGGGCAUGUUACAUUUUUUAAAUCAGGAAGAUACCCUUAUGGAGCUAUUGGAGAAAUAAACUAUAUUUGGCAGCCUUGUUCACAAAUAUCAGAAACAGACACUCUGGUAUUAUGGCUAUGGUGUCAUCCAUCAUAUUAUUCAGAAAUUUUGGAAGAAUUGAUAAAAUCUUAUGGUUUAGAUCAAAAUGAAGAAAAUCAAAAUUUAGAUUUUAUGGAAGAAGACGAUACCAAAACUGUUGAAGAUAUAAAACUAGAAAUAAAAAAUAUUCCAUUUGGAAAAUGUCCAACAUAUCAUUCUAGGAUAAAUUCAGUUAAAAUGGUUCUGUUAAAGGAUACCCUAAAUUGUUUCCGUCUUACAGGCCCUCUUUCACAGGCAUUACUAACUUCCUGUUUCAAAGAAAUAGACCUGUCUAAAAGAACAGUCUGUGAUUGGAGUAUGCAAUUCAAAGAUAAAAUAGACAUUUUUAAAAAACAAUUAUUAUUUUGGGAGAAAAUGAAAAAUAUUACGCAUCCAGGACAGCUUCCACCAAAUUUAGUGUUUGGUUUACUUGCAGUUGAUCCUAGAUUAACUAUGCCACAUCAUAAAAACAAAGCUGUUGGCAAUAUUUCAGAUUUUAGUUGUCAAUCUCUUCACUCAAUUGAAGAAGGCUUAUCGUACAGUCCAAUAUGGUCAAGCAAAGUGCGUGAUGAAGUAUCGGCUAGUAAAUUAUCUACUCAACGUCUGAAUGAGCUAAGAUCUGAAAAACUGAUUCCAGGGAUUGAAGUUGAAUUGAACAAUGAGAAUAUUAAUAACUUUCCAGCUGUUCCUUGCUUAUUUAUACAUAGGCCAGGAACCCACAUGGAUGGUAAACCUACAGGAUACAGCAGUGGGUGGGACAUCAUAGUACCUGCUGGUUAUGGCCAACCUGUGUGGCUUGGACUCGUGAUGCAUGGAGGUCGAGCUGGAGGUCUCAAAGAAACAGCGAGUAUUUCAAGAGAGGCUGGAAUAUUAUAUCAACACCCUGAUACAGCUGCAGGAAAGUUAGAAGAUGAACAUAGAAAAAAUGAACUGACUAAAAUAUUUUUCAGGAUACCUCCGGCAAAGAGACCUAACUAUAUAAAGCUUGGAUUUCCAACACCAUUUAACUGUCCUUGGAAUAUUUUAAUUAGAGAUUGGACAGAUGGAGAACAUGAAUCAUUCUUUGUUCUUCGCAAUAUUAAACAAUUAAUAUGUUUAAAAAACAAAUUAAUGAAAAUUAGGAAUAAAUUGUCUUUUGAACCAACUAUGACUUCAGCUCUGGUUGGAGUGAUGAUUACCCUAAAAGGAAAGGGAAGUCUUGAUAAUAAUGCUUAUAUUUGUAUUCCAACUAAGUCUGACUUGGAAACGCUUAAAGCAGAUCCAGAUUUCAGUGGUCCAGUUGAAGAGAAACAUAGAGAUGUUUUUAAAGAGAAUAGAAAAAGUGCCUUAGAGGACCAUCAAAAACUGUUAAGAAAGCUUACAAGAAAAAGGCGCAAAGAAAGAAAACAAGUAGAGAAGGUGAAUGAGUGUUCAAAAUCAGAUGAAAUCAUCUCUGAGCAUAGUGAAAUAAUGAAGAGACUCUGGCUGCCGGAAUGUACAACAAUAAAAGAAUAUGAUUGUAGAACUGUUGUAGGUUUUGUCACAAAUGGUGAUUUCUCUUUUACUAAUGCCAAAAGUUCUGGCGUCGGCUAUAUUUGUCUGAAGGGAUUGCUCGCUUUAUUUCAACUUUUAGAAGAAUUUGAAAAAAAUAGAUAUGUAUUAGUCCGUAAUCAUAAUAGUAACCAGUAUAGGUUUGCUGCAAUUAAUAUAAUUUGUUGACAUUUUUAAUUAAAUAUAAUUAGUUAGUUUAUAUUAUUUUUAUUGAAGGUUACCUGUUUUCAUGAGAUUUAAAUAUACGACUUAUGCAAUUAUGUGGAAAUUACUAAUUAU